AGAAUAACAACUAACGGACACAAAGCAUCGAAAAAUUCAAUUGACAAUCGACGUCGGCUUUGAUAAUCACAAAGAGAAACACAGACAGGGACCGACGACGGGAGUUGCUUUCCCAAGAAGCCCAAAAUCCUGCCUUGUCUUCAUAACUGACAACUGACAAGAACAGGCUUCCCCUACAUACCCAUAUACAGAGAGAGGAGAGAGGUGAUCAGAGAAAGAAGGUAUUGCAAUCGCAUCCUACAAUUUAGGAGUUCUUCAUCCUAAUUUUGGUGUUUAAUUUCUGAUUGCUCCUGUGAUUUGUUUGGCUGUUUGAUGGAAAGCAUUCUUCAUCGGCGCGGUCCAGGGGCACAUGCACCUACUCCGGCAAACUUCGUACGGCUGUAUUCAAGUAAAGACGACCUUUUUCUGAGAAAGAGGUACAAGAUGCGACGAUGGCUCUGUUGCACUUGCCAAGUAGAAGAGUCCUAUCCUAAGGAUGAUCAGGAGGUUGUGAAAAGCCCUAGGAACCACACUGAUGGGUACCCGAAGAGUUCAAAGGUAUCAGCUCCGGCAAAGCCUGAAAUGCCAAAGGCAGCUCCAACUAUUGAAGUGCCAGCUUUUUCUUUGGAAGAACUGAAAGAAAAGACUAAUAAUUUUGGAUCAAAGGCAUUGAUUGGCGAAGGAUCAUAUGGGAGGGUUUACUAUGCAAACUUAAACACUGGAAAAGCCGUUGCCGUCAAAAAGCUUGAUACUUCAUCCGAGCAGGAGUCUGAUGUCGAGUUCCUGAUUCAGGUUUCUAAAGUUUCAACGUUGAAGCAUGAGAAUUUUGUUGAGUUGCUGGGGUACUGUGUGGAGGAAAAUACACGGGUACUUGCCUAUGAGUUUGCAACUAUGGGGUCUUUGCAUGACAUAUUACAUGGGAGAAAAGGAGUUCAAGGAGCACAGCCGGGUCCAGUGCUCGACUGGAUGCAGCGAGUAAGAAUUGCAGUGGAUGCUGCUCGAGGAUUGGAGUACUUACAUGAGAAAGUCCAGCCUUCUAUAAUUCAUCGAGAUAUUAGGUCAAGCAAUGUACUCCUCUUUGAUGACUUCGAGGGGAAGAUUGCAGACUUCAACCUCUCAAAUCAGGCACCUGAUAUGGCUGCUCGUCUCCACUCUACUCGUGUUCUAGGGACUUUUGGUUAUCAUGCUCCCGAGUAUGCGAUGACUGGACAAUUAACACAGAAGAGUGACGUAUACAGCUUUGGUGUUGUUCUGCUGGAGCUUCUGACAGGGAGGAAGCCUGUUGAUCAUACCAUGCCGCGUGGACAGCAGAGUCUUGUCACUUGGGCGACCCCGAGAUUGAGCGAGGACAAGGUGAAGCAAUGCGUGGACCCGAGGCUCAAGGGAGAAUAUUCCCCAAAAGGAGUCGCUAAGUUAGCUGCUGUGGCUGCACUGUGUGUCCAGUAUGAGGCUGAGUUCCGCCCUAACAUGAGCAUUGUUCUCAAGGCUUUGCAGCCACUUCUGAAGCCUCCUGCCCCGGGUCCAGUACCCUGAGAGAAGAAUUUUAUGAUUUUCCACUUCUCUCGCUCCGCUUCGGGUUUCUUGCACAGCUUUUUUUUUUUUUUGGCCCCCUACACAUAUGAACAUAGAAAAAGAACCUCCACAUAAGUUACUCAUGGUACAUAUUUAAGGAUUCCUUUGGAAAAUGAGAUAUGUAUUAUAGGUUUAACCAGCCCCCAUGUGAAAGGAAGAUUUUUCGAGGCAUAAAACUGUCAAUAGAAUUCGCUCACUUUUUUAUUUUAUUUUUAUUUUUGAAUUGCGUCUUGGUUUUAUUGAUGGUUGAGUUCAGCUUC